AUGAGAUUGGUAGAUACCAGAUUUAAAGGUAUUGCUAAAGGAGUGGGAACUGCCAAAAUUAUAGGUCGAGUUCAUAGUGCGGAUAUUCGAGUUGGUGAAGAUAUGUAUUUAGCAUUUGAAUUAUUAUUUGGAUUGGAUAUGUUAAGACGUCACCAGGCAUGCAUUGAUUUAAAAAAAGAUAUGUUAAUCAUUAAUGGAAAAGAAAUUCCAUUCUUGCCGGAACAUGAAUUACCGGAAGAUGCAAGAAAUGAUGAAACGAGUCCCAUUAUUAUGAGCCCUUCAAAUUCGGUGUCUCCUGCCGUUGCUUCUGCUACUUCUCAUUCAGAUCUCGCAUCUUCUUUAAAUCACGCAUCAUCUUUAAAUCUCCCUCCUUCAAAUCUCCCUCCUUCAAAUCUCCCUCCUUCAAAUCUCCCUCCUUCAAAUCUCCCUCCUUUAAAUCUCGCACCUCCUUCUCAAUCUUCUCGAGGAAUAAAUAAUAAUUCACCGUCUCCUCAAGUAACACAAUCACAAUAUUCCGAAGCAGACAUUUCUAGUUUAGCUUCAAUGGGAAUUUCACGAGCAGAUGCAAUUAAAUUAUUAGAUGCUGCAAAUGGUAAUGUGGAAAUGGCAGCUAGUUUAUAUUUUGGAUAG